GGCGCGGGUUUCCGCGGCGCUUCACUCUGUGAAGAUGGCGGACCUCUUGGGUUCAAUUUUGAGCUCUAUGGAGAAGCCUCCGAGCGUCGGGAGCCAGGAGAGCCGGCGAAAAGCCCGAGAGCAAGCUGCCCGCAUGAAGAAAAUGCAGGAGAACGAAAAGAGAAAGAAAUCGGAGUUCAGAAAAAGGAUGGAGAAGGAGGUGUCGGAAAUCAUCCAGGACAGCAAACUGCAGAAGAAGAAAUACCCUCCCAUGGGCAAGAUUGAGAGAAGCAUCAUUCACGACGUGGCGGAGGUCGCAGGGCUGACAUCGUUUUCGUUCGGGGAGGAGGAGGAGAGCCGGUACGUCAUGAUUUUCAAAAAGGAGUUCGCCCCGUCAGAUGAGGAGCUGGAGGCGUACAGGAGGGGCGAAGCGUGGGACCCGCAGAUCGCUGAGGAGAAGCGCAAGCUCAAGCAGCAGGCUCAGUUUGAGCUGGAGAGGGAGGCUCGGACAGGUCCGAAGGAGGAGGUGUGUCCGAGCAGCAACUACCGGGACAAGUACAGCCACCUGAUCGGGGUCUCAGCGGCCAAGGAGGCGGCUCACACGCUGGAGGCAAACAAGGCAUACGGCUGCGUGCCCGUGGCGAACAAGAGAGACACACGCUCCAUCGAGGAGGCCAUGAACGCCAUCCGAGCCAAGAAGAAGCAGAAGAGGAGCGAGGAUGAGUGUGCGGGUUCGAGCAGCUCCCCCUGAGAGGGGGGCAGGGGGGGGCCAGAGCCCCCUCCCCUUCCGCUGCUCCUGUUACACACGAAAGCAGAAAGAUUUUUUUUUUUUUUUUUUUUUAAAGGGUUUUAAAUCUGGGGGACGACCGCGAUCCUACGCCAUGAACUCUGUUGAUACGGGGAGGAGGUGUUCAGUUGACACAGUGGUGUUUUUACAGAGAAGCGCGAGGCUACUGUUGGAAGCAGUUUUAAGUCGGGUCGGUGUUUUGUGUCAGUUUGGCUCGGUUGGACGCGUCUCUCGUUGUCUUGGAAAAAAUGUUUUAACUUUUUGUUCGCUUUCAUAAUUGAAAUACAAUUUUAAAUGUAUUUUUUUUUUUUUUUUAAGAUUUUAUCUUUGAGAAAUGGGGAUCAUGUUCACAAAUGGGUAAUUUUUAUUUUAAAAUAAUUUUAUUAGUCAUAUUUGAUGAAUGAAGUUUUAUAUGCAUGAAGCUGUUUUAAGUAAGUUUAGAACAAACCAACUUUAUUAUUAUUGUUUUUAAAUGAAUUACUCUCUUAAAUCUUUGGUCCCACGGCACUUCGUGUCGAUUGAUGGUGAGGGAAAAUAAACUUAAGAAUUAUGAUCUAGCUGUUAAAAUGAGCUGUAGUGUUAUAUUUCUUAUUUAACUAUAUAUUCUAUAACUAGGGAUGCUGUGAGAGAUACAGGCUGCUUUUCACCCGAGCGGGAUCAGCUCGGCCACUCUUAUAAAUAUCUGAAUUACAUUUUUCAAUAACAUGCAUGCCAUCUUGUGCCAGGAACGCUUUCUCGGUGUCUGUGAGGCUCACUUGCGCGACAGUGUGGGGUAGCGGCUUGCGUCGGACCGCGCCCGGCACGGUAUUCCAAAUUCAUCACAGACCACCGCGUUUCAUGCAAGCACUGUCGUACACAAUGAGAGAAACCAAACCAUUUCAGAGAAGGAAUGAAAGAGAAAGCAAGAGUUUAUUUUGAAUUAGGUCAGCUGGGGAGUGUGUGUGUAUGUAUAUAUAAAAUUCGUAUCUAUCCUGAACCCUGGACUUGCUAUCUCAAAACAAUCAAAGGGAAGUCAUUGACAAGCUGUUAAAUUGCAACCCUGAAUAAUCUUGUCUGAACUCUUAAGUAGUGGAGAUGUGGAUUUCUCGCACCUCAAGCGCUGGGAGCAGAAGUCCCAAGUUAAUCAUUCUACUUACCUUUGAUGUAGAAGCAGCCCAGACUUUACAGCUUGUAUUAAGAGCUCUGCAAUUUACAUUGAUCGCAGCGUUUCUGCUGCACGGCAGUGUGUGAAAUGCACAGAUUCAAGGUGCAAAAGGUUAAAAAAAAAAAAAAAAAAAAAGUUUUAAAAAAAGUAAAAACAAUAAAGAAGUAACGAGAGACGGUGUUUAAAGCUGCAAUCCCAUUUUAGGGAAUCUGGUGGCGAUUCUGACUUGGCUCCUGUUUGACAGCGCCCCACGGUGGCAUGAUACUGUCCUGACGCACUCUGCCCGUGAGGGUGCUUGUUUUUUGGUUUGAGGUUAUAACCCUGCUGUUGUGUGCCUGCUAUGGAUUUCUUGGCUACGUUUUUUAGUCAUGUUCUUCUUUUAAUAAUCGCCGACUAAGAUGAUUGGCAAAUUGUGACAGGCUGUCCUGUAUAACGACCACACGGUGGGACAGUUGGACAAAUUUGUCCCUUCACUGAUUACAUGUACGUCUCUGUCCGAUUUUGAGUUUCUUUUGGGAGGAAAGAAGGAUUUAGGUUAAAAUGUUCUACUUUUUCUCUUCCUUAGACUCACCGUGCUGCUGUGCUGUUCUGUCUGGGUGUAUUUUAUUAUUUUUUAAUAGCUGUGAAAUUCACACUAGUUUUAGCCUAUUGUUAUGAUGAUGAACCUGUAAAGAUGUUAACUCUGUGUUGUGUUGCUGUAAUAAUAAAGUUUGAUUUAUAAAUAAA